AUGGCGCCUCUCCGAAUAACGAUACCCACGUCGCACACCGAAUCAGAUGGUGGUAAAGAGUUCACAACCUACGAAAUCCGCAUCGAGCACCCUUUCCCACGCGCAUCCACGUCCCUGCGAAAGCGCUACUCCGACUUCGCGGCACUCGACUCCGCUUUGCGCUCUCAAGUAGGCGCACUCCCGGCUCCCUUACCUGCCAAAUCGUGGCUUGGGGGUUUCCUUGGUCUCGGCAGCUCCCUCGGCUCCCCGGAGCAGAUAGAGAAGCGCAGACAAGGACUAGAAAAGUACUUAGAAGCGAUUGAAACAAGUGAAGACGGGCGAUGGCGGGUCAAUCCGGUAUACCGCGAGUUCCUCGAACUCGGAAGCGACAAAGACAAGAAGACGGCGAACCUUCCGGGCGCGCAGUUCGGCAAGGACAGAGUGAGGGACAGCACAGACUGGUUGGAUAAAUAUCAAGAGGUGAAGAGCAACCUGCAGGAUGCGAGACGGUGGUUGACGGCAAGAGAGCAAGCUACCGCCGCGACAGCGCAGCACGAAGCGGGUGCGAAUGCGAAGAAGGGUCUCGUCAGAGCCGGCACCCUUUUGUCAGCGUUGGAAGAGGGCUUGAACAGGCUGGGAGGCAGCAGCGAUGGAUGGAGCGGUGAUAAACUUGGCGAGGGUGAGAUACGGCGGCGACGUGAUCUCAUUGGCACGUCACGUAAAGAGCGCGAUGGCUUGGAGAGCGUGCUCAACACUAUGGCGGUGAAGGCCGCGGUCUCGGGGUCUGCAUCCUCCGCACCUUCCACAAACUCGGCUGCAGUCACGAACGAGCAAAAGGCUGGGCUCUUCAGUCGCGCGAAUCAAGCUGCACCAGGCCGAUCGGGACGUGUUCUUGGAGGUCAAGCCAAAGAGACCGAGCGCACACGCGAACUCGAUAAUGAGGGUGUGCUUCAACUUCAACAGCAGAUCGUCGCCGAGCAAGAUGAAGAUCUGGUCGACUUGACGACGGUGGUCAGACGCAUGAAAGAGAUGGGCGUUCAGAUCAACGAAGAACUGGUGUAUCAGAACGCCUUGCUCGACCAGGUCGACCAAGAUGUUGAGCGUGUUGAAGGCAAGAUGAAGAUUGCAAAGAAGCGCAUUGCAAAGAUCAAGUGA